GCUGCCCGCGCGUACCAAAAUAAUUGCAUAAAAAACGCAAAACAAAUGCAUUUUUUAGUGUUUUGAUUUCCAUUGUGUUGAAAUCAAUCGCGCGUGUAGAAGUCGCGUCAGCGUCUGAUUCAUGCCAACGUCACACAUUACCACACUCCUACACAAACACGCACACACAGAGGCAAAGUUCCAUAUACUAAUUGUCGUCAACGCUGCGCUGCGCGGUUGGACAACGACAGAGGCAGCGGCAGUGGCUGCAACCACAAAUAUUGUAUUUAUCAAAAACGUCAUUGGCCAGAGCGGUCGCAUUUCAUAGUUUGUGGCACGGUGUAGCAACAGCGCUAACGGAGGCGUUUGUUUAUUAUUGUUGUUGUUGUUGCAGCAACUGGGCUUAAUAAUUGUGCAUAGUGAUUGAGUAAAAACGCAAAAGAAGCCCUAAAUUGCCCAUAAAAAAACCUUUGCCAAUUGACAACCAAACUUGUUGCUUACAGCUGAGAUAGCGACAAGAACGGAGACGCAGUUGGAGACUGAGACUGCGACUGAGCAGUCGUCAGCGUAAAAUUGUGAAAUUAAAUUUAGCAAGAAACCAAAAGAAAAAUAAUACAAAGAAACCAAUUGGAAAAAGUCAAACAUCUCAGUCAAACUGGAGAAGUGGAAGAGAACACGCAAUUCCACGAAAAAGAUGGAUAAACGCCAGGGCAGUCCAUCGGGCGUUCCAUCAAAUGCAGCGACGCCAGCAGCGGCGUCGACAGCGGCAGCAGCAGCACAAAAUGCCGAUAAACCAACAGUUCUCGAAGGCGUAAUGCACAACAUCUUUGAUAGCUUGACGGACAAGGAUGAGCAAGUGCGUCAGGCGAUGCAACAGGCGAUUGUGAAGAUUGUGGAGACGCAUCCAGUGCGUGCCACACUCAUACUGACUGAAUAUCGCGCCAAGAAUGCCAAAAUGAGCGAACAAACCGUUGCCCUGCUAUUGGAUUGUAUACAUCGUGUAGUUAGAACGGACACGCCGUUACCAACGGCAGCCAAUGAGAAAUUGAUUUUGCUGGCACUGGAGGAGUUGACACGCAACGUGGAUCAACAUGUUCCAUUGGUACAGAAUCCGGCACUGCUUAUACUCGUUUCAAUUGGCCGGGGUGAGGAUUGUUCUCUGGUCGUAGAAUCGCUGCUGACGCACAGUGGUCCCGUUGGCACCGUGCCACACUUUAUGCUGAUGCAGUGCCUCGGCCAAUUGGCUAUGGCCAAUACGGCAGGUCUGGUGCCGCACAUCAAGACGAUAUUGUCACGUUGUCAGCCCCACUUGGGUGGCAUUAAGCAGGAUCAUAUAAAGCUGGCCUAUGCCUACGCAAUUGGCAGAUUCAGUGAAGCCCUCCUGGAGCAUGGAACGAAUACGCCAACGGGGGAAACGAAGGCCUCGGCAAAUUGUGCCAUAGAAAUAAGCGUUGCCUACGAUGUCCUCUUCAAUCAAUGGCUGCAAUCGCGAGAGAUCAAGGUGUGCAUGGAGAUACUCCAGGCAUUGUCCAGCAUGUAUCCAUUGUUGCCCACCGAUCGAAUUCUGGAUCAGGCGCCACGGCUUGUGCCACAAAUAUUGGCACUCUAUCGUCGCAGCGUUGAUCGCAAUGCGGUUACACAGUUCCUAUGCUCGGUGCUCAAAACGAAUCUCUCGCUGGACGCCCAGGUGCUCGAUGGUGUCAUCGAUGCCCUAAUCACACAUCUCUUUGAUCUCGUCUGCGUCUAUCCGGACUAUGAGAAACCGCAGACGGUGAAGGGACACUACGAGGUCUUGCGCUGUUUUCAUCUCUUGGCGGGCAAAUAUGCUGGUAAAAUCAUGGACACACUGCUCAUCCAUUUGCGCACCAACAGCGAAAGGGAAAGAAUUAAAGCGCUGCUUAUCCUGACGCAUCUGCUCAACAGCUGUGCCGUGCAAAUCGAGAGUCGCCUCCAGUCGCUCAUCGAGUGCCUCAAACAAUUGAUUCUCACGGAGCGUAGCGUUAAAAUGAAACUGACGCUGCUGAAGACAAUUGUGGCCUUGGCACAGAAAUCCCUGAUCCGGGACAAGGAAUUUGUGUGGUUUGUGGUGCGACAUAGCUGCAAGUAUAGCAAGAUUAGUCAAGAGCAUGGCACUCUGGAGGAGCAUGCCACAUUGGUGCUCAGCUGUGAGAAUACACUCUUUAUGCUCGCCUCCACCGUGGGCACUUUGGAUGAGCUGCUCAAGCGUGAGUUACUCAAUUAUUUUCUGCUCUUGGAUUAUACGGAUAUUUGUGGGAACUUGGCUAAAUGUUUGGCCAGCUUAUUUGCCAAAUCGCCGCACAUUGAAUACGACAUUGCCAGUGAUGAUGAGCAAAGUGUUCCAGCAGCUGCAGUUGAAGCUGGAUCGGGAACAGGAACGGGAGCAGGAGCAGGAGGAGCAGCUGCUGCUGUCGAGGAUCGUGGUGGUGUAAUUAAACGUGGCAAGGUCAUUGUGCCCAGUGCGGAGAGUAUCUAUGCACGUUGUCUGGCCCUGUUGGGGAAUCAACAGUGCAUCAAGCGCGCCUCGAAUAUACUCAGCUUCCUCAAGUACUAUCAUCCGCAAUUGAAUCCCGCAUUGGAGGAGCUCUGGGAGCGUCGCAUCUCCGACAUGUUGUUGCACAUCAAUAAGCCGGAAGCGUAUCUGCAACAGUUGCAUGACUUUGUGCUCGAGACAAACGAGUUUCUCAACGCACGCGAUGAACACUUUGCCCAACGUUUGGCCAGCAAAUUGGCCGAUCAAAUGUAUUUGUAUCCCAUGCACUUGCCACACUUUGAGUGGCAGCUGCCGGAUUUGAGUGCCGAGCGUGGCAUGCUGCUCCAAGCGGUGGCAUUAACACUCUGCCAGGUCACCGAUGUCGCCUGCAUUCACACAAAGAUCGAUCUGAUUGUGACGACGGCACGCCAGGAGCGUCUCGAUAAGCAUGUCAAGCAUGCGGAAUACGAACGUCGCAUUGAGCCUUGUGCUCGGGCCUUGGGUUACAUUUCUCGUCAGCAUUUGGCGCAUGUUAUCAAAAAGCUAUCGGAACUGGCCCAGAUGGGCGGACGGAAGCAUUCAACUGGUUUCUUUAGCAAUCUUCAUUUCAUCAAGGACACGCACAAGGAGCUGGAGAACUACAAAAGCAAUUUACUUGUUGUAAAAGCCUUUGGCAGAAUUAUGGACGAGGCAGAUCCAUUGCAAUCGUUGCAGCACUUGGACGAUGCCAUGCUUAACUUUCUAAUGAUCCAAUUGGCCGGACAUAAGGAUCAGACCAUCAUGUCGGCCAUUCUUCAAACGCUGCUCAGCAUUUGCAAUCAGCUAAUUGUGACCAAAGAGCAACUUCCAGCGCCUCUGAAGCAUCGCAAGCAAAUCAUGGAGACCGUCUUCAGUAUACCCAUUGAAUCGCCAUUCCACGAUUUGCCAUUGUUGCCAACCAUCUUAAAGUUGGGCACGGAUUUCAUACGCAUCGGCGGCAGCGACAGUUCGGAGUGCGUGGAUGGCAGUGUCAUCUUUGAGAUUGCGUGUAAAAACUUCUUUGGCUGUGCGCAGCAGCUGAAAAUGAAAUUCGAGUCGCAGGAGGAGGAUGAGCACAAUAGUUUUCUGGCCAAGCAUCUGAAUGAAUCGUUACCCCAAUUAAAUGCACUCGUUCGUGUGAUUGUCGAACUGGAUCCGUCACCAUCGACACUCGAUUUAAUUAUUGGCAUACUCGAAUGUUGGAUGAGGGAUAAGAACUCCGAGGUGAGAAUCUGUGCCAGUCACGUGCUGAACAACACCCUCGAAGUGUACAUCAAAUCGAUGAAGAUCGGCGGCUGUGAAGCGCCCUCCAAGUUCAAUCAGACGGGACAAAUGCUGGGCAAGAUUGUGCCCCGUUGCAUCGAUUCAAAUGGAACUGUGCGUCAAGUGUCCGUGGAUAUACUCCAAAAGACACUGGAAAUCGCGUGCAUCUAUGAAACGUUGACCAUCGCCAGCAUCGAUAGCAGUGCCGAGUGGUUGAAGGAAAUUGAAUCGAUCAAAGAACACAUCAUAACCGAUGAGCCCAAGCAGAUCUACAAUCUGGCUGGCGAUAUAGCCAAGAUUAUAGCCCAGCGCAUCUCUAGCUUUCAAUAUCUGCAAUUUUGUAAAACCUUGCUGCAAUCACUGCGUGAUCCGGAACAAAGCUCCACAAUUGGCGCCAGCGUUGUGCUCAAGUUCUUCAUUCAGCAGAAGGGUUCGGAACUAUUCCAUGCGAUCCCCGAUCUGGUCAAAGGAAGCCUCGUGGCAUUGCAACUCUGCGAUGCGCCGCGUGCCAAGUCGGGAGUACUUAAAGCCCUCGUGGCAUUGACAAAGCAUCAUCCCAAGUUGGUUUGCGCCGAGAUGUUGCAACAACCGCUGCCCUAUGAUGAACAUCUCGUGGAAUACUGGCAUCUGGUGUGUAAUGAUCCCGAUUUAACCGGAUUGAUGCUGGACAACUUUCUGCAACUGUUGAGCGGUGCGUGUUUGUCGGAGCCACAGGAUGGAGUGGCAGGAGAUCGACAGAGAUUGGCCAGUGUGCCGCCAUUUGCCAUCUUCUGUGCGCUCCACGAGAUGAUGCCCUGCAAGGAUAUACACAAUCAAUUGGAAACGCGUUUUGCGGACAUGUUUUGUAUGUUAUUGACCUCGCUGUCUAGCUAUACAAAUCUGGGUCCACCAAUGCCAGUGGGAGCACCAUCCAGUCCAAGUCAGCCAAGCAAGUCGUCAAGCAAAUUUGGUUUUGUGCCCAACAAGGAGCUGGUGAAAUUAAAUCCCUGUCAAAUAGCGCUGGAAACUUUUCAGGCAUUCCUCAACAAUCUGGAGAUGGAACAAAUUGCGACGGUGUUGACAGUGAAUAUACAGUUGGCCUCCAGCACGGAUUGGCAUAAUUAUAUCGAGCUAUUGACGCCCAUGGCCAUUGGAUUGUCCAAUCAAUUGCAGUUGAACAGUCCAGCGAUGAGGCAGCUCAUCAAUGCAUUGAGCAAAUAUGUUGCCUCCCCGCACGAUGGACAGCGUGUGGCAGCCGUUGGUCUCUAUUCGCGUUUGGUGCCGCUCAAGCCGUGUGGCGAGUUGGCUGCCACCAUAAUGUUGCAUCUUGGAGCGGCUUUAAGUGAUCCCAAUGCUGUGGUGCGAGGUUUGAGUCUGCAGGGCAUGGGAUAUGUGGGACAACUGGGGGAGCAUGAGGCGCCUCGUUACUCGGAAAUGGCUAUACAGGCGCUGCUCAAGGGCGUCGACGAUACUGUUGGUGAUUGCCUCAUCAAUGUACCGCUGGAGAGCAUGCGGGGAUUGUCACGGAUUCUGCAGGCAUUGCCCAGUGAUCGUGUCGAGCCUUUCCAUGUCUCCCUCGCAAUUAGGAUACGUCCCUUCUUUGGCAGCUACUCGAUGGAGAUGCGUGAGGCUGCCAUCAUCUUAUUUGGGGAUCUCUGUGAGUCCAAACACGACGAUGGCAGCAGUUCACCCACCUCAUCCAUGGAGGCACUGCGAGAACAGCUCUUUGCCAAUCUCUUUCCUCUCCUGCUGCAUCUCAGCGAGAACGAAUCGAGCAUUGCCAGCGCCUGCAAAGGCACCUUGCGUCGUGUCUGUCGCUUGUUGCGCGCCGUUCGAGUCAAUGAGAUGGCCCAGCAGCAGCUCUGCCCGGAUGCGGAUGCACUGCAUCAACUCCAGUACAACAGCUUUGUCGUCGAGUUUGUCAAAGUGAUUGCCUUGGAGCUAACAGAGCAUACCCAGGACUUUGUAGACUCGUGUAUGCCCAAGUUACGCAGCCAAUGGCCCGAAGUGCGAGGCAGUGCAGCCAUUGUAAUUGGCAUAUUGCAUAAUUUCUUGAGCGAACGAAACACACAAACCGAAUCGGUGGCCAACAAGAUUGCCGUGCUGCUCAAGGAUGAGCAUCCCACGGUGCGAAUAAGGGCGGCACAGGCUUUGGGUUACUUUUUUGGAGACAUCUAAAAAUGGACCAAACGACGGUUGAAUUGGGACCAAU